AUGAUGAAUAGUAUUCCUGCUAAACUUAGGGUCUGUUUGGUGUAUGAAGGAUCGUCGUCGAAUGAGGAGCAGUCCGCCCCAUCGAUCGAGGCUCGAGUUUGUGACAAACAUGUUCUUCUCAGAAUCUGUUGUGAGAAACGUAAAGGGGUUUUGGUUAAAAUUCUUUGCGAAGUAGAGAAGCUUCAUUUGAGUGUUGUUAACACAAGUGUGGUGCCAUUUGGAAGUUCGGCCCAUGAUAUUACCAUUGUUGCAGAGAAGGAGAAAGAAUUCAGUCUGGAAGUGAAAGAAAUUGUACAGAAUCUUUAUGCCGUUCUCCAGCGUGCUGUCUAG